UCUACUACGGAGGAACCUCCAGCAGCAGCACCAUGAACCAAAGAACUGUUUUUAUUUUAUGCCUUAUCUUAAUGGCUCUGAAUGGGCAUCAAGGAGUACCUCUCUCUAAAACUAUACGCUGUAUGUGUAUCAAGACGAGUAAUCAAACUGUGAACCCAAGGUCUUUAGAAAAACUUGAAGUGAUUCCUGCAAGCCCGUUUUGCCCACGGGUUGAGAUAAUUGCCGUCAUGAAACAGAAUGGAGAGAAAAGAUGCCUGGAUCCAAAAUCUAAGAACAUCAAGAAGUUGUUGAAAGAAUUAGGGAAGAGAAGGUCUAAAAGAACUCAUUGAAUGCAGAGAGAAGCACAUAUCGCUGCUCCAACAAGAUGAACCAGAAAGAGGCUGCCUCUAACAUUAUUUGCCUAGAUACAAUAUACAGCAAAUGCUAACUGUCCCUGGGUCAUAGUUCUCCUAAAACAUGACCAACCAUAGUUACCCAUUAGCUGCUACCACUGCUGCAGAGAGGCAAAUGGUAAUUACCUGAGCUGCUCAGUGGUAAUUCACUAGUAAUUUAACCAAUAAUGGUAUAUAAAUAAUUCCAAAUGUUUCUUGUAUAUAUAUAUGUGUCAGAAAAUGUAUAUACAAAUGUGUAUUUUUUAAUAACAGCUG